AUGAUACACUUUUAUUUUAAAAAUAUAGACUUUAUGAAAAUUCUCUUCUUUUUCUAUCAUGUUAUAGUAAUUUUUUUAUUGCUUAUAUCUUUUUAUUUCAAACCAAUUAGUCAAUGGGCAUUACAUGGAAAAAAUUUAUUUAUAAAAUUAGAAAAAGGAGAAAACGAAAACAAGUCUAAGAUCUAUAAAUUAAAAAAAAAGAUAGACAAUAUUAUUAUUCCAAAAGUAUAUUUUUUACAUUUUUAUAUCAUUGGUUUUGUAAUAAACUCAAUUUUAGUAUUCCAAGAUUUCUAUCAAAAUUAUAUAAAUGAAAGAAGAGUUUUUGAUUUUAUUUCAUAUACUAACAUAAUCUUUGAAAUUCAUUUGCUAAGAAGAUUAUUAGAACAAUUACUUGUGGUAAGAACGACAUCGAAAUCUUUUAUGCAUAUUUUUUCUUAUCUUUUAGGAAUAAGUUUCUACAUGGUAACUCCUUUUUCAUUAUAUAAUAGUGACAAAAACGAAUAUAGUAAAUUAAAUUUAAUUUCUGUUAUUCUUUUUUUAUUUGGAAAUUUAAUUCAAUUUGAUUCUCAUGUCCGCUUGGCUAAACUUCGCCCCAAAGACAUAAGAAAAAAUGAUGUUUUGUAUAAAGUCCCAUAUGGUGGAUUCUUUUAUUAUGUUAGUUGCCCUCAUUAUUUCGCAGAAAUAUUAAUAUAUUUAUCAUUUUUUAUGUUAAACACUAAUUUUAUAAGUUUACUGAAUUUUGUUAUGGUUUCAUUAAUUUUAAUUGUAAAUGGUUUGAAAACACAUAAUUGGUAUAUUAAAAUAUUAAAAGAUACAUAUCCAAAACAAAGAAAAGCCAUCUUUCCUUUUAUUCUUUAA